AGCUGGACUAUAAAAGCGGAGGAUUGGCUGGCCAACGAACAACAGUCAAGUGAAGUGAACUGAACCAAGAAGAUGUCACAGAGAUUGAAUGUAUCUUUUGCUCUUAUCCUUUGCCUCUUGGCACUUGGACAAGCUGAUCUGCAAAUAUACCAUCCUUUGAUGACCCUGCACCACCAACCAACAUUGGCCAAGGUGGGUCAUCUGGUGGAUCAUGUACCAACAGCCGUAUCCCACCAGAGCUCCACCAUCGUGCAUCGUAGUGUCCCAAGGAUUACACCACUGCUGACCCCUGCAUUGAGGACCACCUAUCUGCACUAUCCCACCUGGAGUUAUCCCCUCUUCGAUGGAGCCAACACCCUGUACAGAAAGUAGACUUCUGCUCUGCGCAAGCAUCCUUAAAGUGGAUUCAAUUCAAAUAAUUGGACUAUCAAACUUUUGGCUUAAACAAUAAAAAAAAAAAACAAAUUCAAAAACCCCUAAAAGAACUUUGUUUCGUAUUGGAUUAGGGAAUGCUGUGUAGGCU